AUGCACCGCGCUGCCUCCAACCAGCGCUCGGUCUCCUCCUCCUCGGGCUCCUUCCAGCCGCCGCCGCCGCCGCCGCCGCCGCACGCCGCCGACCGGCAGCCCCUCUUCCCGGGGGGCUCCAGCAGCGGCGGCAGCCGGCGGGACUCGGGGUCGAGCUCGGGCUCGGGCUUCCAGGCGCUGUCCCUGGUGCUGCUGCUGGGGCAGGGCGCGCUACUGGACCUCUACCUGAUCGCCGUCACCGACCUGUACUGGUGCAGCUGGAUCGCCACCGACCUGGUGCUGGCGGCCGGCUGGGGCAUCUUCUUCUGCCGCAACAGCCGGGCGCGCCGCCGGGAGCGGCCCCCGCCGCCGCCCCCCCCCGGGCCGCCGCCGCCGCACCCGCUGCUGCUGCACGGCCCCCCCGGCGGCCGCGGGGCCGGGGGGCGCGGGGCCGGGGGCCCCCCCCGCGGCGGAGACUUCGCCUACGCGCACCUGGCCUGGCUCAUCUACUCCAUCGCCUUCACGCCCAAGGCGGCGCUGAUCCUGGGCACCUCCAUCCUGGAGCUGAUCGAGCUGCGCCUGCCGCUGGGCACCACCGGCUUCCGCAUCACCCUGGCGCUCUCCGCCCCGCUGCUCUACUGCCUGCUGCGGGCCAUCGGCACCGAGGGCUCCGGGCAGCUGCUGCUGCCCCCGCAGCCGCCGCCGCAGCACCGCGCCGCCGCCGCCUUCCUCGCCACCUGCCUCGACCUCCUCGACAGCUUCUCCCUGCUCGAGCUGGUGCUGCAGCCCGGCCGCCCGGCGCCGCUGCCCGCCCCGCUGCGCUACCUCCUCGUCGCCGUCUAUUUCCUCUGCCUGGCCUCGCCGGUGCUGUGGCUCUACGAGCUCAGCGCCGCCCGGCCGCCCGGAGCCGCCCGCCUCGCCCUGCACCUGCUGCUGCCCGCCGGGCUGCUGGACGCCCCGCUGCUGGCCCUGCGCUGCCUCCUGCUCCUGCGCUACCAGCAGCCGCUCUCCCUCUUCAUGCUCAAGAACCUCUUCUUCCUCGCCUGCCGCGGCCUCGAGGCGCUGGAGACCUGCUGCCUCCUGCGGCCUGCCGCCGCCCCAACGCCCGCCAAGUACGGAGCCCCCGCCAUGCCCCCCGCCGCCGCCGCCCCGCUGGCCCACGGGCUCUCGGACGCCGACGUGGGUCCCCACGGGUAUGUCAACGCCUUGGCGGUCACCGCCCAGGGCUGA